UAUUUAAAUAUGGCGCUGCCCUUGGUGCAAUGUUAUUAGUUAACCUUGCGUAUUUAGAGUUUAUCUAAAUCUUAUUAUGCAAUAACAAUGUUCCUAAUAUCUCAUAAAACAUAAAAUAUGUAAUUUAUUUCAUCAACAUGAUUUAGUUGUACCGAUUGUACAGUAGGAAAUAAGUUGAGUGCAAGUGUAAGUGUAUAGAAUCAACCACUAUAAGAAAAUAUUAAUUUAUUAAAAUGUCUAUAUUGAGAACAGUGAUAUUUAAGCCUUGUUUUAAUCACACACAGACACCAAGGAAUUCAUUGUUAACAUUCUUAAUAAGACAAAGAUAUAAAUUACUUGAUAUACCAAAAAGAAAAUUUAAUUCUAAUGUAAAGGAAUACGUAACUGGCAAUAGUACCAAAUUAAAAACUCUUCCAUCUAUCAUAAAAUUUGGGUUUGGUGCUGUAAGCGUAAUAGCUACAUGUAUAGUAAAAUCAAAUAGUACAAUCAUAGAAUGCAGAGCACUUAAAGCGCUUCCAAGAGAUAUAGGAGAUGACACGGAUUUGCAGUUCAACUGGAAAAAGUUUUUGCAAUAUCUACGUCCAUAUCUGUGGCAGUUGUUAAUAGCUUUAUCAAGUGCACUAGCAGUAGCUCUAUUAAACAUUUGGAUCCCACAGUAUGUGGGCAGCGUGAUAAAUGUUUUAACACGAGUCUGUCAAAAUACUGGAAAUGUGAGUGAAAAAAAUUUGCUUUUGGAACUUGCACAGCCUGCAUUUGCAUUGGCACGUAUGUAUAUUGCACAAGCAUUCUUCACAUUUAUAUACAUAUAUACACUUUCUCAUGUGGGUGAAAAGAUAGCAAUGCACUUGCGACAAGAUUUAUUUAAAUCAAUUAUUAUGCAAGAUAUCACUUUCUUUGAUAAAAAUCGCAGUGGUGAAAUAGUAGGUCGAUUAACCAGUGACAUACAAGAUUUUAAAAGUGCUUUUAAAACAUGUAUAUCUCAAGGAUUAAGAAGCACAGCUCAAAUUGCUGGGUGUGUAGUUUCUGUAAUAAUAAUUUCAUCAGAAUUGACUGCACUUAUGGUGAUGUCUAUGUCCACUAUAAUCUUUAUCGGAUCAUUGUUUGGGAGAACUUUAAGGAAAUUAUCGGCACAGGCGCAAAGUCAAACUUCUAAAUCUACAGCUGUUUGUGAAGAAGCUAUUCAAAAUAUAAAGACGGUGAAAGCUUUUGCAGCAGAGGAUAAAGAAAUAGAAAUGUUCUCAAAAGAGGUUGAACAGGGUGCUUUAUUGUAUGAAAAAUUAGGUUUUGGAAUUGGUUUAUUUCAAGGGGGGACAAAUUUAUUUCUUAAUGGUAUUCUACUUUGUACAUUAUAUUUCGGUGGACAUUUAAUGUCUGUUGGACAACUCUCUCCAGGAGAUUUAAUGGCAUUCUUAAUGGCUACUCAGACUAUACAGAGGUCUCUGUCACAAUUGUCGUUAUUAUUUGGAACCUAUGUCAGAGGUAUCAGCGCUGGCGCAAGAGUGUUGGAGUAUCUGGACAUGCCACCUUCACCAAUGAUGGUAACUGGAGAAAUUAUUACAGACCAUUCCCUUGCUGGAAAUAUAGCUUUCAAAGAUGUGAAAUUUUGCUACCCUACUAGACCAGACCACAUUAUUUUAAGUAACUUUAAUUUACACAUUCCUGCUGGGAAAACUGUAGCUAUCGUUGGUUCUAGCGGUAAUGGCAAAUCAACUGUCGCCGCGUUAUUAGAAAGACUUUACGAUGUUGACGAAGGAUCAAUUACAAUUGACGGUAAAGAUCUAAGGACACUUAAUGCUGGAUACUUGCGAGGUACCGUUUUAGGAUAUAUAGAUCAGGAGCCUGUCUUAUUUGCUACAAGUGUUAUGGAAAAUAUACGAUAUGGGAAACAUGAUGCUACAGACGAAGAUGUCAUCGAAGCUGCAAAGGAAGCAAAUGCCCAUGAGUUCAUCAUGAAGUUCCCAAAUAAAUAUGAAACCCAUGUGGGUGAAAGAGGGGCGCAACUCUCUGGGGGACAAAAGCAACGAAUUGCUAUUGCUAGAGCUUUACUUAAACGACCAUCUAUAUUAAUUCUGGAUGAAGCUACGAGUGCAUUAGAUUAUAAAAGUGAGAGAAUUGUUCAAAAAGCACUAGAAGAUGUUACAAAGGGAAGGACAGUUUUAGUAAUUGCUCACAGGUUGAGUACAGUGAAGGCUGCUGAUAUUAUUGUUGUGUUACAAAAAGGCGUUAUUGCGGAGAUGGGUACGCAUACAGAAUUAUUAAAGAAGGGAGGUAUAUACUACAACUUAGUAAAUGAACAAGAUAAAGAAAAUAGAUAACUUUAGUGAAAUUUCGAAAUAUAAUACAGUGGCUGGAAUCAGUAUUUAAAAUAAAUAAUAUUCAUAUUAUAUGCAUAAUGCUAGUAUAUGUAUUUACGAAAGAUUUUUGAGGAUGAACAUUGGACUAUCUCAGGUACAAAUAUACACAUAUAUAAAUGAAUAAAUAGAUAUUUAUACUUUUAAAUAAA